UGGAAUGUCACGUUAUUUGAUUUUAAAAAAUAUACGCGAGUGACUAAACAUUACAGAUUAAAUUGUGCUGUGAUUUUUAGUAUUUGCUGUAUUUAAAUAGCAGUUAAAACGUCUGUGUGUUGUGUAGUGUGUGGUUGGAGAAAUAAGGAGUUGUUUUCAUAAUGUGUUCUCAACAGCAUCAACAUUGCCAAUAAGCCCAUACAAAAAUGUCGUAUUGAAUGCAAACAAAAAUCCAAAGGGGGUUAUAAACAGAAAUGGAUCUUCAAAGGUGAUAUACACAGAAAAUGGCCGCUCACAGAUUGCCAUUACACCUCUGCAAUUCAAUAAAGCAGUACCUCAUAAAACUAGAGUUAACAAAGAUAAAAGAAAUAAAGAAUACAUUAAAAUUAGACGUGAAGCUAGAAGCAAGAGAGAGGAUAAUAUUAGUUGUGUUGAUAGUGUUGUUGUUAAGUGUGACGUCAAGUGGUAAUAGUUUUGGUAGGAAUUCUAUGUUACGGACCAGGAUAAUAGGGACUAGGUACGGUAAAUUGCAAGGCGUGAUAUUGCCGAUGGAUCAACAUAAGUACUUGAAGCCAGUGGAAGCGUAUUUGGGAGUGCCGUACGCGACGCCGCCUACGGGAUCUAAUAGGUUCGCGCCAACCCGCGCGCCAGCACCAUGGGACGAUGUCAAAACCGUAGACCACAUGGGCCCUGUCUGCCCGCAGCGGCUACCAGACAUUUCCAACGAGACCCUGACCCUAGAACGAAUGCCGAAGGGCAGGCUUGAGUACUUACGAAGGCUGCUACCGAGGCUCAAGAACCAGAGCGAAGACUGCCUGUAUAUGAAUAUUUAUACGCCCGUGCAAGUUGGCCCGACGCUCCAAGCAAAGUAUCCAGUGGUCAUCUUCAUACAUGGGGAAUCUUUUGAGUGGAAUUCUGGGAAUGUGUACGAUGGAUCUGUCCUGGCGAGUUACGCGGGUGUCGUGGUUAUCACUAUCAAUUAUCGACUUGGGAUUUUAGGUUUCCUCAACGCAAACCCAAUACCUCAUCUCAAAGCAAGAGUAGCGAACUAUGGACUUAUGGACCAAAUAGCAGCACUUCAUUGGGUUCAACAGAACAUUGCUCUGUUUGGAGGCGACCCGGGGAACGUUACUAUGCUUGGACAUGGUUCCGGAGCAGCCUGUAUUAACUUCCUAAUGAUUUCUCCGACCGUAAUGCCUGGUCUUUUCCAUCGAGCAAUUUUACUAUCUGGAUCAGCGUUAAGCUCGUGGGCGUUAGUAGAAGACCCUGUUAACUAUUCCGUUCAGCUCGCCAAGCAAUCCAACUGCACUCUCCCUGAAGACAUAGUCAAGGAUCAUGAACUAAUAGUGGACUGCCUCCGAGAAGUACCUCUCCAAGAACUUAUGUCCGCUGAAAUCAAUACGCCCAGUUACUUGACCGCAUUCGGCCCUUCAGUCGACGGUGUGGUUGUCAAAACGGACUACGCGAAGGAAUUACUCACAUUUUUCAUACCGAACGAUCUUCAAGGCUUCACGAGCGUAUCCGGGGUGAACAAUUUCAAGGCGGACAAAAGGAGCGGAGAUAGGAUUUUCGGGAUAAGGGGCGGACAGAAUAAAUAUGAUCUGCUAUUCGGAGUUGUAACGAGCGAGGCACUUUGGAAAUUUUCAGCUCAGGACAUUCAGAACGGUUUCGAGGGCGAGAGGAGGGACAAAAUAAUACGGACCUACGUGAGGAAUGCUUACACAUAUCACUUGAGCGAGAUCUUCUUCACCAUCGUCAAUGAAUACACUGAUUGGGAGCGGACCGUUCAGCAUCCCAUAAACACGAGAGACGCAGCAGUAUUAGCUAUAUCAGAUGCGCAGUACGUAGCACCUUUGGUACAGACUGGAGAUUUUCUGUCCGUCGCUAAGAGUUCACCGGAUUCUGGGCCUAAUGCGUUCUUCUAUGUGUUCGACUAUCAGACUAAGGAUGGGGAUUAUCCUCAGCGUAUGGGUUCAGUGCACGGGGAAGAACUGCCCUAUUUAUUCGGGGCACCUUUCGUAGACGGUUUGGGGCACUUUCCCAAAAACUACACCAAGUCUGAAGUGGCCUUGUCUGAAGCGUUCAUACUGUAUAUGGCGAACUUUAUUAGAACUGGAAACCCCAAUGAGCUUCAACGUCAAGAAUCAGUGCUGCCGAUAUCGAGAGAAAGGAACAAAUACAAGAGCAUUGUUUGGGAUGAAUACGACACGCUGCAUCAGAAGUACUUGGAAAUAGGAAUGAAACCACGCAUGAAGAACCACUACCGAGCGCACCAACUUUCAGUCUGGCUCCGCUUGAUCCCAGAGAUCCACCGCGCUGGUAUGAAAGACGUCGUCGCCAAACACAAUCUCUUCCGUAACCACAACGACCCAGAACUAUACGACGGUCUAGUUCGACCCGAUCCCCUCACACGCGCGAACUAUUACGACCCUACCCUAGAACUAUAUAGAAAAUCCUUCAACGUGACCCUAGAUAUACCAUCAACUACUAUGGAUACAUACGUAACUACGUGUAUAAGUUUCAUGUCGGCUAGACCCGGUUCCCCCGUUACUCAGAGUCAACCGAACAAUUCGCAGACUCAAGAUGUUUCCAAUUUGGAAGUGGCUAGUUACACUGCGUAUUCCACCGCUCUAAGUGUAACAAUCGCAAUUGGUUGUUCGCUACUAAUCUUAAACGUGCUAAUCUUCGCAGGAGUAUACUACCAAAGGGAUAAAACUAGGUUGCAAGUGAAAGCGCUGCAACAGCAAAAGCGAAACCAUAAUUCAACAUUCGAUAGUGUUUCCAAACAUCCCCAUUAUUUUGUUGGACAUUCGCAGAGUUCCAGCACAAUAGUUGAUAUAGACCAUCAAGAUAAAAACGCGAUUAUUGCUAUGACGAAUCGCGUGCCACACUUCACCAAUCAAAAUUGUCCAAACGUUUGUCACACGGGGAUACAAAUGUCGAAUUUACAACAGAAAUCCAGUCCUAAUCGUGGACAAUGUACGACCUUGCCCAGGAAAGUAGGUUUCAGCUACCAAAACCAAAUUUGCAAUGCGUCAAGUUGUAUGACAUUGCCGAAGAAUGCCACGUUCAUGAGCAGUGGAAAUCUACCAGAUGUUCAAGCCCAAACAGGUCAAUCCCAAACUUCUGGUAAUGGUUCAAUCCCACCAUCUUCCCCACCCCCACAUUUCUCCCAAAAGUCCAGAGUCCCACAAGCCGCCAUGUCCGAAAUGAACGUAUGAGAAAUGGAAGAUAUUUACAAUUAUGUGUAAAGUGCGUAGAGAUAGUGGUCACUGAUAUACAUAGUUGUAAAUAUCGCUAAUCGAAUGUACAUACACAGACAUUUUAUCGUUCAUAGUUUGAGGGAUCUUCACAAUGGGCAGUGUUGGGCGAGUACAGGCAAUCACGAUAGUGGCUUAAAUGUCUAUGAUCCGUCAUUGUAGGUGUUUAUUCAUAAUCGUCACAGUGGCGGCAAAUAUUAACCAUUUGUUGGGCUAACGCUGCCCUGUCUAUAAUCAGCCGUCAACGUAGAUUAUCCGUAAUCAACGUAAUGGCGUCAAACAUAGACCAUUUGUUGGGCCAACGCUGCCCAUUGUGUAGAGGGCUCAUAACGUUUUUGAUUGUACAUAAUUCCAUUAUGAAUGGGUUUAAAGUUUAGACCUCACUCGGAACGGAACUCCAAUACAUCUUAGGUUGGCGUCAUUUAAAAUGGCGUCGUUGUAAAUAAUUUAGAACUUAAAGACUGUAUGUAAAAUUUAAUGUAAAGUACGGUACUUGUAUAAUAUGUCUUAAUUCGAAGAGAAUAAGUCUCGAAAUCGUUUACUUAAUUGCCAAAUUAAGUGUAUAAAAUAGGAUUUAUGGCUAUGUACUCAUAAUUUUAACGUUCUCAUCCGACUUUAAUGUUUGAAUGUAACGAUCUUGUGUGUUUUACGGAUUAUUUAUUUGUGUUUGUGUUUGAGAUGUGUAAACUUUUGUGUACUUUCAUGUUGUUGGAUAAGAGCCCUUUCAGAAUAUCCAGGGACGGAUAACUUCCUUUUUAAUAUGCUUUUCGUUUACGAUCAGGCAAUAUCUUUGCUUCAAAAAAAAUGUGUGCGUGUACUAGGGUAGACACGUAAGAAGUGAAACUUCUUUAUGACCUUAUUUUUCAACAAAUAAUUUAAUAUAUGCAACUUUACAGAAAUACGUCGAAUCACGCAUGAUAGGG